AUGGUGAAAACAAAUGAGGAGAAACUUGCGGCGGAAAGAAGUGAUUCAUUGUUUCGAGGAGUGAGGAAGAGGAAGUGGGGAAAGUAUGUGUCGGAAAUCAAAUUGCCAAACAGCCGUCAAAGAAUAUGGUUAGGUUCUUAUGACACCGCAGAGAAAGCGGCGCGUGCAUUUGACGCGGCUACGUUCUGCAUACGUGGCAGUGGUGUAAGGAUUAGUUUCUCUAGUAAUAUUCCCGAUAUUGCCGGAGGAAGGUUCAUGAGCCAUUUUGACAUUCAAUCCGCCGCCACCCGUUUUGCCAACUCGGAGCCCCACAAUGAGUGUUCGGUUCGACCCAAUAAUACUCCAUCAGAUGAAACACUACCUUCGUCGUUGGAGACACCAAUCACACCAUUGUUGCCUAUGGAGUUGCCAUCUCCUGAUCUUUCUGAUGCGACGGUUCAAACGGAGAGUGACAUAACAGACAAUAAAUUGUUUAAGGAUAUGUUUUUAGACACCGGGUCGGGUUACUCUAUGUUUCCGGGGUUUGAUGAUUUUUGUGGCGAUUUCUACGUGCCGGAGUUCACAAAUUUUAAUUAUGAAGAAGGCAACAUGGAUGGGUUAAUAAUUCACCAUUCAUUGUUAUGGAGUUUCUAA